GCCUGUCUCACGGGCAUGGUGAAAGUUAACGGCAACCACUUUGCACUUUGAGGAUGAGUGGCGCUUGCCACAAAAGUAUCUACAGGUCCUAAAUCCGCUAACCCGGUGCCGUGGUGCAAGGUAACCGUUGAUUUAUUUUUGAAAGAGAAAGUAGGAUAUCCCCGUGCGCUUCCCUUAUUUCCGCACCCCCCUUUGGGUUAAUGAUUGAGUCGCAGGUCGACUGGUGAUGCUGAUGACGUUGCCUUUCUGAUCUCUGCCUAUUCGUCUGCUACCUUUCUUGAGGACGGCACGAUUCGGAAGAAUAUGUCUCUGCUUUUUUCCUAGCCCGCAAGAUAAAUGGCGUCUUCGCUCCCGCAAGCGCCGUCACACUUCGGUUUUAACCUCGGGACAGACGACCCGGCUGCACAGAAGGCAGCGCAGGAGGAUUCUAGCGGAGCGUGGCGGGAGGGGCGCGGCGUGGGGGGCGCGGCCGCCGCCAGGAGGCGGGGAGCGCCGAGCCGAAGCACUCUGGCCAAUCAGCGUUCAGACCGCCUGAUAACCGGCCAAUCAGCGGGCGCAGGGCUCGGGGGCCCGAGCGGAUAAUACUAGGAAAGGGAGCCGCGACUGGCGACUGCAGCGAGGGGCGCUGCGCCGCACGCAGCUACGUGCGCCUGCCCGCCCUGGGAGCCCAAGAUCUGACUUGCUCAAGUGGGCUCCGGGCCUCCAGCUGCCAGCCCCCGGUUUCGUGGCAUGGUGUGACGGCCGUGAUUUUUGUUUGCAAGCACAGCUAGCAGCAAGGUCCCAGGGCUGGAUAUCUUUUACCUCGGCUGCUUAGCCCGGGCCUCAGAGUCUUGAACGCAGGCGACUGAGCGUAGGCCCGGACGAAGGGUGGUGCGCCAUGGCGGGCCGGCAGACAGGUCCCGCCAUUGACUGGGAGAUCGACGUGGAGAGCCUGGAGCUGGAGGAAGACGGUCGCGGGACGCCGUCGCCAACGCCGCCAGGGCCCAGCCCGCCCCCCGCCGAUGGGGACGGCGAGGAGGAAGCAGGCAGAGAGGCCCUGAAAGUGGACAAGAAAGGUCUUUCUGGGAAACAGAAUAAUUUCGAGCGCAAAGCCGUCUAUCAGAGGCAAGUCAGGGCACCCAGUUUGCUGGCCAAAAGCAUUUUAGAAGGCUACCGCCCUCUUCCAGCAGAGACUUAUAUGGGAGGGAGUUUACCGCUCCCUCCCCCAGUAAGUGACCGGAUGAGGAAGAGGCGGGCCUUUGCAGAUAAAGAGUUGGAGAACAUCAUGCUGGAGAGAGAAUAUAAAGAGAGGGAGAUGUUGGAAGCAUCCCAAGCUGCUGCCUUGUUCCUGCCCAACCGCAUGGUACAUGGUCCUGAGUACAACUCCUACAAAAGUGCCUACGGUCCCAGCCCGGUGGAACCACCAGGCAAAGACUUCUGCAACUUUCUCCCCACUUGCCUUGAUUUAACCAUGCAGUAUUCGGGGUCUGGGAAUAUGGAACUAAUUUCUUCCAACGUCAGUGUGGCCACGACUUACAGACAAUAUCCCCUGUCCUCGAGAUUUUUAGUUUGGCCCAAGUGUGGCCCCAUUAGUGACACCCUCCUCUACCAGCAAUGCCUGCUAAAUGCUACCACGUCAGUUCAGGCCCUGAAGCCUGGGGCCAGCUGGGACUUGAAGGGAGUACGACUCCAGGAUGGACUUGGAGCAGAACACGAUCUGAUGCCACCAAAAUUGGAGGGCUCUCUGGUGCUACCUCACACUCUUGAGGGCCAGACCCCUAGAAAUGACCUUCAGGGUCACCUAGCUGUCCCCGAAAGGUCUGCAUUCUCCCCACCCCGACGGAAUUUCUCGCCGAUUGUUGACGCGGACUCCCUGGCAGCUCAAGGGCACGUCUUAACCAAGAUCAGCAAAGAAAGCACCAAGCACCCUCUACCACUUAAACAUAAUCCAUUCCACUCAUUAUUCCAGCAAACUCUUAAUGACAAAUCAGGUCCUGAAUUGAAAACAUCAUCUGUCAAAGAGGCCUUUGAAGAAGCCCCUAAGAAACCCAGAGAGUGUUUAGUCAAGGAGAAUCAGAAGUACACAUUUACAAUAGAUAGAUGCGCCAAAGACCUUUUCGUAGCCAAACAAGUUGGAACAAAACUCUCAGUGAAUGAACCCCUGUCAUUUUCUGUUGAGUCUAUUCUUAAGAGGCCUUCAUCUGCCAUCACUCACGUCUCCCAGUGAAAGGCUGCUUAAAUGGAAAGCUGGAUUUUCUGCAGUCUCAGAGGAUUCUUAACCAGUCACUAAUUUUUUUUUAAAGAAAAAGAUGUUUGUAUCAAGAAAUUUCUAAUGUAAAUGAUGGUGAUUUAAAAAAAUUCUAUUUGUAUGCAUGUACUUUCCCUCAGCACAUAAAUAUAUUUAAACUUAAGAUGGAAAUUGCUUAUGUGCAAAUUGUCAAGUUUCAGGUUUUACCUAGCAUUUCAAAAAGCAAUAAAAUUGACACUGUCUUCUAAAAGACCGAGUA